CCUUUUCGGACCGAGAAAAACAAUCUAGUUAUUUGAAAAGCAUCAUCACCCCUUUCCAAACAUGCAAAUUUUUGUCAAGUCUCUUACAGGCCAGACUGUGGCCAUCAAUGCCCAGGCUGCUGAUAGCAUUAGCCAUGUCAAGUCCAUGAUCCAAGAGCGUGAGGGCAUUGCUGCCUCUCUCCAGCGCUUGUCCUUCGCCGGCAAGGCCCUCUCCUCUGAGACUCUUCUCUCCACCAUCCCCGCUAUGGCCACUUUGGACCUUAACGUCGAUCUGUUGGGUGGUGCCAAGAAGCGCAAAAAGAAGACCUAUACCACUCCCAAGAAGAUCAAGCACAAGAAGAGAAAGGUCAAAUUGGCCGUUCUCAAGUUCUACCAGGUCGAUGGUAACGGCAAGAUUACCCGUCUCCGUCGUGAGUGCCCCUCCGAGACCUGCGGUGCUGGUGUCUUCAUGGCCUGGCACCAUGAUCGCCAGUACUGCGGUCGCUGCGGUCUGACCUAUGUCUUCAAGAAGGAAGGUGAAACUGCUUAAAGCAGGUUUAUCCUUGAAAAAAAAAAAA